AUGAAUGAUAUGACCGAGAUUAGUGGUUCGUCCAAAACGGAUGAUACAGGUAUAAAAUCAGCUGUUUCAAAUGAAGGAUCGACACCAUCCCUUGGUACAAGAUCCUCUAAUAAAACGACACGACCCAGAAAAACAAAAAAAGGCGAAGAUCAGUCAUUCAUCAUCAUGGUCGGAAUCGCCGCACUCGCUACGGUGGCUUUAUCUAUUUAUAUCCAGAAUGGUAAAGGUGUUAUAGCUGCUAAUUCAACUGGUACUCCUCGAUAUGCCCAGGUCAUUAGACCUAGUAGUUUUGCUGUGUUGCCUAAUGUACCUUCACCCACUGAGCAUAACUUCAGUACACUGUUCUUCCCUCCUGGGACUAAUGCAUCCUCGCUUGCCAAGAAGCCUUUCUUGAUUUACGACGAUGCAUUCUACGAUAUCAUUGGGUCAAAUCCCACUCUUACCCUUAUUGCUGAUGGAGGGACUAAUCCAUUAUUCCACGAGGCAGUUGUAUGGUACCCGCCCACAGAUGAAGUAUUCUUUGUACAAAAUGCUGGUGCUCCAGCCGCGGGAACCGGAUUGAACAAGUCUGCUAUCAUUGAGAAGAUUAGUCUUGCUUCAGCUGCAAGUAUCGCAGCCAAAGGAAAUGGAACGGGUUUUGUUAAUGUCACAACAGUCAACUCGCAGACUCAAGUGAUCAAUCCAAAUGGAGCGACAAACUUCCGCGGAAAGCUAGUCUUCACAGGUGAAGGUCAAGGCAACGAUAUACCUCCUGCAUUAUAUCUUGUUGAUCCUACUCCCCCUUACAAUGCGACUGUCAUCCUCAACAAUUAUUACGGUCGACAAUUUAACUCUUUGAAUGACGUCGCUGUUAACCCUCGAAACAAGCAGCUUUACUUUACAGACGUUACCUACGCCAACCUGCAGAACUUUAGACCGGCUCCAGUCUUGCCCAAUCAAGUUUAUAAGUUCAAUGUGGACACUGGAGCCUUAGGUGUCGUUGCAGAUGGUUUCAAUUUACCCAACGGAAUAACAUUCUCUCCUGAUGGACAAUAUGCUUACGUUACUGACACGGGUGCAAAUGCUGUUUUCUGGGGAACCAAUUUCACUAAACCUUCCACUCUUUAUCGAUACGACGUGAAUGAUGAUGGAACAUUUGAUAAUCGACAGACUUUUGCUUACGUUGACAGUGGUAUACCCGAUGGUGUUCAUUGCGACUCCAAAGGAAACGUUUAUGCUGGUGUAGGUGACGGUAUCCACGUCUGGAAUCCAUCAGGUUUAUUAUUAGGUAAAAUAUGGUUGGGAAUCGUUUCAGCGAACUUCCAAUUCGCGGGUAAAGGUAGAAUGGUUAUUUGUGCCGAGACAAAGCUUUAUCAUGUGACUUUGGGAGCUGAAGGUGCAGAUAUCACCAGUUCAAGUUAUUCAGGUUAA